GAUUUAGUUGUUGGUGUGUGUGAAGAAAUAAGCAGUGAUUGAGUCUUGUUCAAUAGUUAUUAACUUGAAUUAAUAACUAAUUUUAAUAAAAAUGGCUACUGAUCUUCAAAAUAAUGGUGGGGCAACUGCCCUACCUGCCCCUUAGGCAACGACGCCUAUGAGAACUAGAAAGAAUCAAUAGAUAAAGGUUGCCUUGUUUGAAUUCAAAUGGCCUGUAACAGAGAUAUCUCUUACGAUGACUUUUUGAAUCAGAAGCCACCAAAAGAAGAGCUAAUUCAACACAUUGAUACAAAGAAUCAAUGGUUUAUGUUUGGACUAAUACUGGGAUCUAUGCUGGGACUGAUAAAAGAGGAUAUAGAUCAGCUACCAAUGGGAAAGGCCUUAGCACUGCUUGAGCUAUGGCUAAACACUCCUACUGCAAGCAGGAGGCAAUUGCUAGAGGAAUUGAGAAAGGAUCCAGAUAAACAGGAUGUGGCUGAUGAUUACGAUCAAUAUCUCACCAAUAUAUUUGCAGAUUGUGAACAAUCAACUGAAUUGGUUAAGGGCCAUGCUGAUCGCAAAAGUUUUGUAUCAGGAAAAGAGGAACCCUCAAAUGCUGAGGAAAGAAUGAAGAAUAAGAUUGAGACUUUAGAAGCUACUCUCAAAGAGCAGGAAGAUGAGCUGCUAGUUGUUAUUCAAAGAAAGGAAGAAGAGAAAAUUGCUAUCAAGGAAGAAAUGCAGCUGGCCAUCAAAGGGAAGGAAAAUGAAUUGAAUUCUGAGAUUCACGAUUUGCAAGUUCGUAUUAAUAAUAAUGAAGAAAACAUUGCUGCCGCUAAUAAGGAACUAGAAUCUACUAAACAGGAAUUAGCUAAGGAGAAGGAAAAGGUGGCUACUCUUGUUCAAGGAACCAUUGAUCAUGAAAGAUUCAAAGAACUAUCUGAAAGCCAACUACAAGAAAUUAAAGUUGAGAAUGAAUCAGUGAUUAAGACAUUGCAAGAAAACCUGUCAACAGCAAAUGAAGAAUUAUUAUUCACAAAGCAACUGCUGUCUAAUAAAGAAGAAGAACUGAAAGCACAAAGAGAUUCUAUGGAUUUGCAGCAAAAGAUGACAAAGAACAUGCACCGUGAAAUUGAUGAUUUGAGAGCUAAGCUUGCUAGCAAAGAUCAGCACACAAUUAUAGUGAUAGAAUCGGGUAAAUUCGAAGUUCGUCUUACCUCUUUGUCAUCAGAGCAGUGUCCAAAUCUCCUAACAAAGAUAGAGGACAAACAUCAACACGUUUAUCUCAGUGAUUCCUCUUCUGAUGUUGCUCAGUUGCUGCUAGUGCCUUUGUUGCAGACAAAAAAAAUCAGUAGUUUGUAUAUUCGCUCAACCCAUUUGAAAUGUGAUUUUGUUAAGUCAUUCUCAUCUCAAAUUUCAGAUAACAACACAGUAGAGAGUUUGUACAUCAAUCAAAAUUCCAUUGAUGAUGAUGGGGUCAUUAUCUUAGCUGAAUCUCUAAAGAAUAACAAGAAGCUUCAGCACCUAUCACUUGAGUUCAAUACUGGAAUCACUUCAGUCAGCGUCCCAUCACUUGCUGAGUUUAUAUGCAUCAACUCCACAUUGUCAGUUCUCAAUGUCUCCAACACUAGCAUUGAUACUGAGGGAGUGCUGGAACUGGCCAAGUCUCUCAAGUCAAAUGAAAGACUAGAAAAGAUCGUAGUAGAUGAGAAACACAAAGCAGUGUGCACUCCAUUAUUACUUGGUACUAGACUAGCCUACUCCUAUCAUUCAGUUCCCCACGAACAGUCAGGCACUGUCAAAAAAUAAUACUUUACCCCAGGUUUCCAAAGUCUAUUUGUUUUAUUUUUGUAUUGUAUCUCCAGAUUUAUCUUUCUCUUUGUCUGAUUCCCUGACCCAUCAAUUAUUAACAUGUGAUGUAUAUAUGUAUUGUAUAUAUGUUAUUAUAAUGAAAAAAA